AAAGAGAAUCUCAGAAGAUAUCUAAUUCUAUCCUCUCUGAUGUCAGAGCAUUGCAACUCUCGGCACUUCUCAUGGCUGAUGAAAUCUUGUUUACCAAAUCCCUCCGACGCCAAAUCACUCGUUCCGAUUCACCAACCGUCGGCGAAUCUUUCUACAACGAUAGCUUCUCUACCUGACGAUUUGCUCCUCGAAUGUAUCUCCAGAGUCCCUUCCUCUUCGAUNCCAAAUUUAAUUAAAAGCAAAGUGCAUAAAACUUCACAGGCAGAGCGAACACAGAGACAUGGAGGGAUGGUGAAGUUUCCGUGGACCGUCAUCCCUGGUCUGGNCGGUGGUUCGGAAGUCGCGGCCGCGGUUGAAGAGUACGAUCCUGAGUUGAAUCGGUGGGAAGUUGUGACUCAAUCGGCGAGGAAGAGAUACGGUUGCAUCGGAGCAGCUGUUGACGGAGUUUUUUAUGUCAUCGGUGGUUUGAAAAUUGGGAAUGAGACUUCACGCGCGGUUGCGGCGCGUGCUUACGCUAGCUCUAUGGAUCUUUUCGAUGUGGAAUCGCGUCAGUGGUUGAGGAGUCGUUCCGUUCCUGGCGGUGGAUGUGUUGUGGCGGCGUGUGCGGCGGUUGGAUAUGUGUACGUGUUAAGCAGCCACGCCGUGGAGCUUUCGUUCUGGCGAUUUGACGCGCGUCGUCGCGGCGGUAACAGCGGGUUCGGAGAAUGGCGGAGGCUGAAAAGUCCGCCGUUGCCGGCUCAAGUGCGGUUAGACGGAACGGUGAGGUUUAGCUGUGUUGGAGUGGAAGAUAAAGUGGCGGUGGUACAGGUGGUGGGAUGCAUUGACGAUUUGCUCCGGCGAAGUGGGAGGAGUGAGCGAGGGCUGAGAGAGAGCCUUGUGUUGAUGUACGAUACGGUGGAUGGAGAGUGGAGAAGAGCGGCGGAUCUACCGGAGAUGAUUACACGCGCCGCAUGUGCGUGUGUGGAGUGGUAAGAGUGGAGACAACGGCGCAGGAUUAAUAAGGCUAACGUACGCGGGAUAUAUUAAAGUGGACAAAAACAAACUCAUUAUUGGAUUGGUGCACAUGUUUACUCAUGAAAAGCAUACAGCGUCUUGGGCUCUCAGUGACCUUAUUGGCUCUUUUGCUUUCCCAAUAGAGAGAAACAAAACUUUUUAUCUCUUUGGAUUUGAACUUUAGAUUAAUUGUGUGUAUUCUUAAUUUUAAUUUGGAGAGAGAGUAAUCAAUUACUACUACAUUAACAAAUUAAAUUCACAAAACAAUUAUUUA